AUGGAAGUAAGGCACUUCCUGACCCUGCAGCAGCUACCUCUGCGUGUGGCCUGGCGCCUGCCGAUGCUCAGCCGGACCCGGAGCUCAGCACAGUGGCGAUGCCGGACAGUGUCCGACCCCGGUCCCCCGGACAGGCCGCUCCUCAUCGCGGCUCCGUGCUGCCUCCCAGCUGAGAGACUGAAGGUGCUGGCGUGCCUGACCCAGCUGCAGCAGCAGCACGCGGACAUCAUGAAGGUUUUUAACGAUCCGAUCCACGGGCACAUUGAAAUCCACCCUCUUCUCGUGCGCAUCAUUGACACUCCGCAGUUCCAGCGCCUCCGAUACAUCAAGCAGCUGGGUGGCACCUACUUUGUGUUUCCAGGAGCCUCUCACAACCGCUUUGAGCACUCCUUGGGGGUAGGCCACCUAGCAGGGUGUCUGGUUCGUGCACUGAAGGAAAGACAGCCAGAACUGGAUAUAACCCAACGAGACAUCCUCUGUGUUCAAAUUGCUGGCCUUUGCCACGAUUUGGGCCAUGGCCCGUUUUCACAUAUGUUUGAUGGAAGAUUUAUUCCACUCGUUCGCCCAGAUUUGAAGUGGAAGCAUGAAAGUGCCUCUGUUGAGAUGUUUGAACACCUCAUCACUUCCAACAAACUAGAAAAAGUAAUGGAAUAUUACGGUCUUGUCCUGGAAGAAGAUAUGAACUUUAUCAAGGAACAAAUAGGAGGGCCUAUAGAUGAAAACACUCGUGAGAAAUCGUGGCCCUACAUUGGUCGACCAAAGGAGAAAAGUUUCCUUUAUGAGAUAGUAGCGAACAAAAAAAAUGGCAUUGAUGUUGACAAGUGGGAUUAUUUUGCAAGGGAUUGCCAUCACCUAGGAAUCCAGAACAAUUUUGAUUAUAAACGGUUACUGAAAUUCACGCGGGUCUGUGACGUGAACAGCCAGAAGCUCAUCUGCACCCGGGACAAGGAAGUUGGAAACUUGUACGAUAUGUUCCACACACGGAAUUGCCUGCACCGGCGUGCGUACCAGCAUAAGGUUGGCAACAUCGUUGAAAUAAUGAUUACAGAGGCCUUACAAAAAGCAGACCCGUUUUUUAAAAUUGAAGGCUCUAAAGGAAGACCCUACCGAAUUUCUACAGCCAUGGAGGACAUGGAAGCCUACACCAAGCUAACGGAUCACAUCUACUUGGAGAUCCUGCACUCCAGCUGUCCAGAGCUGGCUGAGGCACGAGAAAUUUUGCGUAAAAUCGAGCGACGUGAAUUAUACAAGUUUUUAGGAGACACUCAUCCAGAAAAGGAGAAGGAAAUUGCAAAGGAGGAAUACAGUGGCCUGUCAGCAGAAAUCGCCGAUUCCAGACCUGAGAAGAAUCCUCCGCUGGUGCAGCCAAAGGCUGAGGACUUCAUAGUGGAUAUUAUCAAUAUGGAUUAUGGAAUGGAAGAACAGAACCCCAUUGAUAAAGUUCUCUUCUACUGCAAAGCUGAUCCUACCAAGGCAGUGAGGAUCAGUAAAGAACAGGUCUCGAAGCUUUUACCUGAGACUUUUGCAGAGCAGGUUAUUCGGGUUUAUUGCAAAAAUCAGGAUCCAGAUACUGUUUCAGCUGCAAAACAGUAUUUUAUUCAGUGGUGUAUAAGGAGGGAUUUCACUAAACCACAGGAUUGUGAUGUGGUUGCCCCUCAUCUAACUCCAAUGAAGAAAAGCUGGAAUAAUAUUCAAGAGGAUGAAUGCAGAACUGCUGCAGAACCCAGCUGCAAGCAAAGGCUGUCUUUUGAUAAGUAACUCUCUUCCUUUUGCACUAUUCAGUCUCCGUCAGAAGAUGGGUAGUCCUGAGU